UUGGCUUCCUUCAUCUGAAGUCUAAGACCCAAAUUUUUAUAUAUAAGUUGUAGUAUGCAUGAAACAUCAAGAACUACUAGCUGUGAGGCACCACAAAGGAAAACUAGUUCCUCCAUAGCUCUAUAAUCAAGAAGACUGGAUCUUAUGGAGCAGUAGUUUCCAUGUGUUUUUAUUUAAUGCCUUGCAGAAUGCUGAUUCAGCCUUCAGUGUUGAUCUAUAUCUGCCAGUUAACAAUGAAACAAUUUAAAUUCUCCCUCACAAACCCAACUCUACAUACCCAAUGCCUGGAUGAUAAAUGCUGGACCCUUGUUAUGGAAGGUUGAAAAAACAUGGAAGUGGGGGGAGAAGAGCCUGUGGAGUGUGGUACUUUAAAUGUAAAACACAUCUCACAGAGCAGAUACAAAGUGAUAGACAUCAACCUUGCUAAGUCUUUGCUUCCUACUCCCCUUUCUUCCAUAAACAGAAAACCAUAAUCAAGAUGUAUAAUCAGGGAGCUUAAAAAUGAAUCACUUUUUUUCUUUCAGUGGAAGCUUAUAAUAGGAGGGAUUUAAUAUUGCAGAUACUGUUAUCAGACUUCAUCUCUUGACUGGCUGGCAGCAUCUACAUAGCAUUCCGCAGUCCAUCUGUUUGCUGUCUGAAAGAUGGAAGGAUGAAACAGUGAAGACAGAAGAUCACUGGAAACAGUCUUUAAAAUACUGCCUGGAGCUAUUGGUUAUCUGUAGCCUCACUAGUGAAAGGCAUGUUUAAAUAUGUGAAAGCUGAUGUACAGAGAGGAUGGGCUUGGAAAUAUUGUAGUCACUAAGGAAAGAAUGAAGGCAUUUAAACAAGAAAGAGAAAGAGAAGAUCAAGAAAAGCAGCAGAGGGAAGAGCAAGAAAAAACUGUAGAACACACUUCUGUAAAGGAAGCAGACAAAACCAGCCGUACAGGACGACGUCCGAGUCGAAGUGCCUUGUCCAGUCGUAAUGAUCGAAGAUCAGCCAAAAGUCCUCAAAAGACAGAUGCACCAAAGGAGAAUAAACAUCCAUUUGCUCUGUAUGGGUGGGGUGAAAGGCAGACAGAUACAGGAAGCCAGAAAACUCACAAUGUCUGUGCUUCUGCUUCAGCAAACGAAAUUCAUGAAUCUGCUCUGCGAGCAAAGAACAGGAGGCAAGUGGAGAAAAGGAAGCUUUCUCAGAGGCGAGUACGAUCAGCGGAAGCGGAGAAAGCUUGGCGAAUAAAGCCUUCCCCACCGGAUAACCCUUGGAUGACGGAAUAUAUGAGAUGCUACUCAGCAAGAGCUCGGUGAAUUUGGAUUCCCUUAGGCAUCUUCAGAAGAAGUUAUGCAUAUCAGGACACUGGUGCAAGGAACCAAACUAUUUAUGCAAGGUUUUUAUAGGGAGUUUCCAGCUGUUAAAAUAUUUGUUACAAUAUUUUUAUCUUGGCUACCUACCUCAGAGUGGGGUGUAUCGUUGGAGCCAUAACAUUUGAAGAGGCUUUUAGAUAUAGCUACCCAAACUUCUAAACAAUUCCCCUUGGGAAUUUUUCUAAUGCUUCAGUUGACUUUUGGGGGUGGGAGGGGGGAACCUUAGCAUACAGGGAGUCAAAGCAAACACUUUUUUGAUUGGUAACAAAUAAUCUGUUGUCCCUUAUUUUAAAAACCCAAGUCAUAGGGAGGUGGUGUUGGGGAAAGACUUGAAAGGUGUGAUGGAGGUGCCUUUGCAUUUAUAGUACUAUUUAAUUUAAUACUUCUACCAAAAUAAGUAUAUUGACAGGCAACAGGAGAGCCAGUGGGUCUGGUAAACAGCACUAAUAAAAUGUAGAUGCUUUAGGCAGGCAAAUACCAAGUAUUGUCUGUACAUAGAAACUUUCAAAAAACCUUGUUUGAUUAGUGAAUCUGCUGAUGCUAUCUUUUAUUCCUGUUUCUAAGGUCAUUAGAAUAAACUACUAAUUUUCAGGGCAAGAAACAGCUACAGGAUUUUUUUGCUGUUGCUGUGCCUGUUGUACCAAAUAACUGAUGUAGACAAUCAUCUGAUAGCUCCUGCUCAAAAAGCAGUUGCUUACUCUAUCAGUAUCAAGUUGUGCCACUGUAUUCAGCUCGUGGUCACCCUUACUCUGUGCUUAAUCAUGUAAAUGCAUUUACUGAAGUAGAGGGCUGGCUCCUGUCUAAUGAAGUCUAUUUUUAACAAGAAUAUCUAUUAUGCUCAGUGAGGCUCAGAGUGCAAUAUGCAUUCGUUUGGUAGUAUUGUACAAGUAUACCGUUAAAAGUUUUAAACUUGAAAAUCAUGUUGAUAAAGCUUGUAGAUGAAGUUCUGAGAAGCUUUCUGCAUCUCAAACUUGGUGCAGAACUCCUUUUCCUACAGGGAGGUGGGGGCUAGGGGAAGAAGGAAGGGUAUGUACCCUUUAGUAAACAAAAACAAUGGAGCUUAAACACUCUCACUUUGUAGGUUCUACUUCUACAGAGUGGGAUAGUCAUUGUUUGUGAUAUCCUUGAUGUUGUGUUUUUUUCCCCUCAAGUUGCUGUAAAUUUUUUCAGUUUGGUAAUUAAGCUUUAGGCAGAUUAUUGCUGUAGUUGUGAGCUUCAAAGUUUUGUUCAGAUGUGUUGUGUGUUAUCUCUGUUUAAUUGUUUUGAAGCUUGUCUGUUACAGACUGGACACUUUCUCACAGAAAGCACUUGCACUUCUGCAGCAGAAACCUGUACUAAUCUUAGCUUGAUUCCACAAUCUCAGUGAGUAAGCAGGACUCUAGAAUUACCAUUGCAACAGUUACAUGCUGAGUGGAAAGUGAUUUUAAGUGUUACUGAAAGGAAGUAAUCAUGCAAAGGGAGCAAGCACUGCUGCCUCCUAGUGUUAAUUACAUUAUAUUGGUAAAGGUUUCAUUACUCUUAAAUCUAGUGUGUCCUAGAAUCCAUGAAAUCAUAAUCUGAUUUUUAUCUGCCUUUUAAGCAUAUAGAUAUAAAAAUACAGAUAACUCUUGUUCAGGCUACCUGCUAGAGAUCUUACAGCUUUUAAGUCUGGGAAUGCAAAGUAUGAUGAAGUAUGUUUUAUACACAGCAAAAUUACUGUAUUCCAUCUCUUAAGAAAACCACAGGGUAGAACUUCCUAAAACUUCAGAACAGUGCCCAAAACUGAGGCAAACUAUUCCAGAGGAUGCCUUUAUAUUCCAUAUGAGAUUCUUUUAAUUUCCUUUUACAGUUUUCCUCUUUAAAUAGCUGUUGUAAAUAUGCUUAUGUUGCUUUGAUGCUGUUUCAAUUCAGAAAUCCACCCUAGCUUUGAACAGUGGUAUCAAAGCACUAACUCAGUAGUGCUUAACAGCCUUAUUCAAUAAAAUCUCUUGCCUGUCCCUGUUGCCCACAGGCUUUGCAGGCUUUACGUAACUGCAGCAGAUGGACUGUUCCUGCAGUGCACUGUCACAUUAAACAGUCUCCUUGAUUGUGUAGGGCAGGACUCAUCUUGCCAUGCUUUCAGAAUACAGCUUCUGCAGUUUGCUCUUUGCAUGGAGAAUGGAGGAGCCAAGAUGACUGUGUGCCUGCCUUAAGUACCUAUUUUUGGAUAAGAUGGAUCUUUCAUUAGAUGUUGGUCUUUCAAGAAUUCUAGAAGGCUUAAGUGCCUUCUGCCUUGGAUACUGGGUACCAGACUUAAAACAUCUCAAACAGGCUUGUUCAGGUGUUCUACAGAGCAUGAGAGACUUCAGCACUGUCAAAGCUGCUGUGUACUGAGGAAAUGAUCUAGGUCUUAUCCUUGUCUGGUCAAGAGCUGCUCCCCACCAAAACAAUUUGCUAGAAGACAGUAGUGACACUAAUCAGGUCAUGUGAGUCACUGUCAUGCUUUUUCAAAUGGUCUGUAGCUAAAAAUAAUCCUGGGUGCUGUGCUGGUACUAUCUUGGGUUAAGUGAUGUAAUGAAGUGAGGGAUAAAUUCUGCAAAUCAGGUAGCCUUCCUGCAUCUGGGCAUUAUUUGUGU